AUGGAGAUUAUCUCCGUAUGCUUUGCUGUUGCAUUCUCAACAUGCGCAAGUCUACCAGUACAAAAUGAAAAUGAAACAAAAGAAACACAAAAUAUUCAACAACAAGUAGCUGAACCAAUAAAAGAGACACCAAAAACAAAACGUGGAUUAUUCGGUGCGUCUGUAUUACAUGCACCAUUAAUUCAUGCACCAAUUGCUGCACCCAUUCUUCAUGCACCAAUAGCUGCACCAAUUUUACCAGCUCGACUUGCUACAUCAUAUUCAAGUGUUUCAAUUAGACAUUCACCCAUAAUCCACGCAGCACCAACUAUUUUGCAUGCACCAUUAACAACAUACCAUGCACCAGUAUUGCAUGCUGCACCAUUAUUACACUCUGCACCAUUAUACCAUGCACCCAUUUUACAUGCACCAUUAUUACAUCCUCCAUUAUUGCACUCAGCAAUCCAUUUAUAA